AUGGGUUUCCGAUCCCUGUUCCACCGAAAGAAGAAACUCUUAAAUAAAACAACAUCACCUUCCCCAACAACCGUAACUGAAAACACAACAUUUAUCCCUCGUACACCGUCCCACCAAUCACAUGCCCAUUUCAUCGAAGAUUUGGAGCACGUGUUUCGUAAAUUUGAUGUUAACAAUGAUGGGAAAAUCUCUUCUUCUGAAUUAGGAUCUAUCAUGGGAAAUUUAGGACAACCCGCGACAGAAGAAGAACUCAAUAAUAUGAUUCGUGAGGUUGAUGCUGACAGAGACGGUUACAUCAACCUCGAGGAGUUUAUCGAAUUAAACACGAAAGACAUCGAUGCUAAUGAGAUUUUAGAGAAUCUCAAAGAUGCUUUCUCCAUUUUUGAUAUUGAUAAAAAUGGUUCAAUAUCGGCCGAGGAAUUACACAAUGUUAUGGUUAGCAUCGGCGAUCAAUGCUCCCUCAUUGAGUGCCAAAAGAUGAUAGCUUGUGUUGAUAGUGAUGGCGAUGGAAUGAUCGAUUUUGAAGAGUUUAAAAGAAUGAUGAUGGGUUCCAUGGGAAGAACUAAUAGGCAAACAUGA